AUGCAGGGACUCGGGAAGGCAGAGCGCGGUGACCAAGGCCGAGACAUGGACCUGACGUCGCAGAGAUCCACCAUGCCUGUCGGCGGUCCCCUGCAGGUUGGUCCUUCGACAAACCUGAAUAUGAACCUUUACGCUACCAAGAAGACGGCAGCAGAGGGGAUGCUGGACAUUGCUCUCUUCCUGGCCAACAUAACACACAUGAAGACAGUCAUUGAGCAGGGCGCGGGAUACAGAUACUACGCAGCCGUGCUGACGCUCAUCUCCUUCUCACUGAUUCUUCAGAUCGUCGCCGGGAUCCUAAUCAUUAUCAUUGCUCGUGUCGAGCUGACCAUGCUCCCCUCAUACCAGCGGCUCUUAAACCUCCUGAACAAUCUGACCACGGGCAUCAUCUUCCUCACCCUGCUCGUCAACAUCGUCAAGUCCGCUUUCGGCACCCAGCGCAGCUGCCUACUGCGAUGGAUGUUUCAGCGUUUCUCACGCAGGGACCUGAACGUGGUGUCCAAUCAGAGACGGCUGGACUACCUGAACAACGUGGCGACGGGUGUCAUCGCCGUCACCGCCGUGAUCAACUUCUUCAUCAGUUUCUUCGGGUCUAAGAGGACGGGCUUCUUCCGCUGGCUGCUUGCUCGGCUUCAUUUCUGA